UCCGGACUCGGAUCAUCUCACAUUCCUUACGGUGGAGGAUAGAGAGAAGGGGUAGAAACAAGACGGGUACUAGAAGAAGAAGAAAAAGAAGAGGGGGAGCAGCAAAACGACCAUGGCAAUAUUCAAGACGUCUCAGCUUGAGAUAGUGUCCGAUCAGAGCGCACCUCUACUACCGUCGACCGAGGCUCGGGGCCAAUCGCACAAUAGACAGAGUCCAGAUGAAUGAGGAGACACCUGGGCCGUGGACAAAAUGAGGGUCAUCUUCAUCCAAAACGCCGGUUUCGUUGCUGCUUUCUCGCCUUUUAGCUGUGAGUCAGUGAUGUUGGCAGCAUUUAGGACGACAGAUAAUGUGAACGACCUAGAAUCAACCACAGACUAGCCUACGCCAGAUCAUGCCAGUCCACUAAGGAGUGAGAAGAUAAGUCCGAUCCGUUUCUUAGGCUUUAUUAUAUUUUAUUUUGUCGGGACAGAGCUCGCAGAUAGCCUAUUGCCAUUAGGCCUAUAUCCUCUCCAAAUCGAAAGUGGAUUCAGCUUCCGACAUGCAGCCUGCUGUCGAAAUCUGAAUACAUAUUGGGCUACAUUAUUAUGGCCCUAGAAUGAAUAGAUAUGCAAUAAUAUUGGACUAUAUAUCUAUCUCUGGUAAGCCGACAAUGGCAUUUUGAUAUUUGCGUUUAAUCUGGCAACAGACUAUAGUUAGACUACACAGCGAUAAUAACAUGAAUAGGUAGGAGGAGGGAUCUCUGGUCACUUAAGCAUGAUCAAAGCCAAGUGAUCAACCAAGACAAUCUGGAAAUGUAAGUUUCCACAUGUAAUAAUAUAACUAGUACGCGUAAUUUCUUGUAAUUUAUUUAUUUAUUAAUACUAUUACUAGGCCUAUAAGUAUUAUAUUAUCGAUUUGUUAUAAGUAGCUUGUUAGGAAUAUUUAACAGUGGGGAGUUAGUUUGAAUACUUCCCUAGUGAGAUGGAAACCGCUUGUCUGUCACCCCACCGGGGGGCAUCCCGUCCCGAGGCCCAACAGGGCCAAACCUCAGCGGGCAAACCGACUCGGGGUGACCUCUCCCCUCCACCUCUACCUGCCGGCAAUCCACCGGCAGAGACUCAGGCAAGCAGUGAUGGAAGGAGAAACUCGGGCGUGAAAAAACACCACCACAAACAUAACCUGAAACACCGCUAUGAACUGCUGGAGACGCUCGGAAGAGGGACCUAUGGUAAAGUCAAGAAGGCCAUUGAGCGGCACUCUGGCAGAGAGGUGGCUAUCAAGUCCAUUCGGAAGGAGAAGAUCAAGGAUGAGCAGGACAUGGUUCACAUCCGCCGAGAGAUCGAGAUCAUGUCGUCACUCCGCCACCCACACAUCAUCUCUAUAUAUGAAGUGUUUGAGAACAAAGACAAGAUUGUGAUUGUGAUGGAGUAUGCCAGCAAGGGUGAGCUGUAUGACUACAUCAGUGAGCGCCGGCGCCUGAGUGAGCGAGAGACGCGACGCUUCUUCAGACAGAUUGUGUCUGCCGUGCACCACUGUCACAAGAAUGGAGUGGUACACAGGGAUCUGAAACUGGAAAAUGUGCUACUGGAUGAAAACUGUAAUAUUAAGAUUGCUGACUUUGGGCUGUCCAACCUCUACCAUAAGGACAAGCUGUUGCAAACCUUCUGUGGCAGCCCACUCUACGCCUCUCCUGAGAUUGUCAACGGGAGACCUUACCGUGGCCCAGAGGUGGACAGCUGGGCUCUGGGGGUGCUGCUGUAUACCCUGGUCUACGGGACCAUGCCAUUUGAUGGAGGGGACCACAAGAACCUCAUUCGCCAGAUUAGCAAUGGGGAGUACCGAGAACCCACUCAAUCCUCAGAUGCCCGUGGUCUGAUCCGCUGGAUGCUGAUGGUGAACCCUGAGCGCCGGGCCACAGUGGAAGACAUCGCCAAUCACUGGUGGGUGAACUGGGGCUGGAAGAACAGUGUGUGUGACUGCGAGACCCAACAUGACCAUGGAGGCUCGCCCAUGCUGGCCCGCUUCAUCGACUGGCAAAACCGCACUGAGCCACGUGGCUCUGGAGGCAAGCCUGCAGCCUUGCCCCAGCUGCACCGCCAGAGGCCCAAAAAGUCCAAGAAGGAAAACAGUGAGGCAGGAGCACCACACUGUGGAGUGGAGGACAAGCCAGGUCUGAAGAGACCCAAGGGUAUCCUGAAGACCAGGGUAACAGAGGAGCAGCGCUCUCCCAGUCUGGAAGACGUGGAACUGGGCCAGGCUGGACUGCUGCAGCCAGCUGAAGGGGGAGAGACAACUCCAAGCCCAGAUUGUGAAGAGGAGGAACUCACCCUGACUGAGGGCUCACCAGCUAAGAUGGUGCCCUCACUGCCCAAGAAAGGCAUCCUGAAGAACAAUCAACAGCGGGAAUCAGGGUACUACUCCUCCCCAGAGCGCAGCGAGUCCUCCGAGCUGCUAGGGGGUGCCACCAUGUCUCUGCUUGCCACUUCUCCACCCAAGAGAGUAAUGGGGAGGAAGGGCAUCCUGAAGCGUAAUGGCAAGUACUCCACCUACAGUGGGCCUCCUUCAGCAGGAGCAGUGGCUGGAGUUCUCGGGGAGACUGCUCCCUCAGCUGACUCAGGUCUGUCCCGCAGUCAGAGUCGGCCCUCCAGCAUGGUAGGGGAGGACAGUUCUGUCCUGUCCAUGUCUCCCAGCUCCCUCAGCGGUGCUGAGUGGCCUCCCUCCACCCCCAGCCUGCGCCCUAACAUCAGGGCCUGUGUCUCGGCUGAAAACCUGCUACAGCUUGCCAACUUCAAGGGCUUCCAGGCAGCGCCGCCGCUCCAGGGACCCAAGUUCAGCCGUGGCCCCAGAACAAAGGGCUCCCCGGGGGACAACGGCAGCUUUUCCUUGCUGGGGGACCUGGAGGACAUGACUCAGGUGUACCAGCAAGCCCUGGACAUCAGCAGCAACCUCACUUAACAGAUGGCUGGCAAAGGGAAAGAGGAGGCAGAGGGAAUCUAACAUAACUGUGUGUAUGUGUGAGUGUGUAAAGAUGCACACGGAUGGCAUUAACGACCAGUGUGUUGCUGGGAUACACCUUUGGGAUGUUGUGGUUUCCCAAAUAGGGUUGAAAUCUUGAUGGAAGUGUUAUGUUCACACACACACACACACACACACACACACACACACACACACACACAUACACACACACACACACACACACACUGAGAUGUGCGCACUUCUUUGGCCAGAUGAAAUCCAGCUAUGGUUUUAGAAAGUGAGCAGGAAGCAGAGAAGUAGCUGGCAUGUGUGAAUGCCACCCAGUCUGCCCUCUUGGCCCGCCCAUAGACUUUGCUGUGUUCAAAAUGUUUACAUGUUCAGCAAGAAGGCAAGUUAGAAUCACAAACGCAGCAACCAGAUACUGGUUGGCUCUCUAAGCAAGCCACCCACUUCGAGUUUGAGUUUACAAAAGCACCUUAAAACUCACACAGAGCACAUGCUUUUGUGAUCUUUACUUCCUGAAUUUAAAAAAAGAUUAACAAACCAGGGUCUUGCUCCAAAAAUAACUGACAUUGUUGAUUAUUUAUUAAUGUUUUGCGUAGCUUUUAGUUUUGAAUACCAAACUGGUGGGUGCUGGCUGUUACUGGAAGAGUCCAAAGCUCAUUGUCUCCAACUCUUUGUGUGGAACUGACAUAUAUAAUUAUGUUACUCAAUGAUGAGAAACAUAUACUCAGCAUAUAUAACUAUGGCUGCGCAUGUAAAACACGCAGACAAGUAUAUCUUCAUAAAAGCGUAUGUCCUAUAUAUGUGUAUGAUACCAGGGAAUAUGUAGGAAGUGCCUUUUUUGAUUCAUAAUGAAAUUAUGUAUGUCAUUUCCUUAAAGUGGAGAGAAAAGCCAGGCCAACCUGUCACCAGUUGUGCUGUUUUGAUGUUUUGUGAAUGUGGAGAGACCCAGGGCCUUGAACACACAGCAGACUAGCCUUACUUGUUCAAAGGAGUUCAAAGGUCAGUCCAGAACUUUUACAGUUGAGCUCAGUCUCAUCUCCUUCCCAUGUCUACCACGAGUAGAAAUACGCACAUAUGGAUAUGCCGGGAACGACAGGCAGUCUCGGAAAGAUGACAGAGUCUUGAACUGUGUGUUCUUUGUCGUGUUUUUAUCCCAUACUUUGAUUUGUCAGCAGUUUGGGUGGCUUGGCAGAACACAGACUUGUUGCCAGCAGGAGAGGUCUGGAGGGGCUCACCUAGUGGGACAUUUAGUGAAGGUACAUGACUCAGACACACUCUCACAGUCCUGGAAUGUGCCUGGCAAAUAAAAACAAUCGUGGUUUUCUUGACUGUAGUUAUUUCACAUUUUCGAGGCCACUUUAGUAUCGAUUAAGUACCGUAACAUGCCCAAGGACAGAUAAAAAGUACAAUAGCUGCCAACAACAGGUAAGGUGAUUUCCACUGUUGACUGAGUUAAUAUUUUACCCAAAGCCCUUUUAAAAGAGCUAAGUAAGUCGGUUUGUUGUAGCCUGCUGAUGACACAGCACAUUCCUCAGACAAAGGCUGGAGACGUGUUGGUGCUAGAGAUCUCUAUCAUCCCCAGCCCGACUCAGCACAGGUGGGAUCUGCGGUCGGCGCUCAGCCCUCCAGCUGUGUAUACUAGUCCAUUAUGUCAACCAAGCACAAUUAGCCAGCUAUUGUUUUCUUUCGAGAG